CCAGCUCACCCUGCUCUGCUCUGGGUUCACAGAUGCGCUUCAUGUUGCUGUUCAGUCGCCAAGGCAAGCUGCGAUUGCAGAAAUGGUACACCGCCGUCUCUGAGAAGGAGAAGAAGAAACUGGGCCGGGAGCUGAUGCAGAUCGUACUGGGGCGCAAGCCCAAGAUGUGCAGCUUCCUGGAGUGGAAGGACCUGAAAAUCGUCUACAAGAGGUAUGCCAGCCUUUACUUCUGCUGUGCCAUUGAGGACCAAGACAAUGAACUGCUGACACUAGAGCUCAUCCACCGUUACGUUGAGUUAUUGGACAAAUACUUUGGAAGCGUCUGUGAACUGGAUAUCAUCUUCAACUUCGAGAAGGCCUAUUUCAUCCUGGACGAGUUUCUGAUGGGAGGUGAGAUCCAGGACACAUCGAAGAAAAACGUGCUGAAGGCCAUCGAGCAGGCGGACCUCAUGCAGGAGGACGAUGAGUCUCCACGCAGCGUCCUUGAAGAAAUGGGCCUGGCAUAG